UGCGUGUACAGAUGUGCGAGGCAGCGAUAGUGAGCCAUCAAAUGCUGCAGAAGGUAACCAUGGCAACCUCUCUGAAGCCGGAGCACCGGCAACUUUGUCAUAUACGCCCUUGAAAUCGUUAUCAACUGAUAGUGUGACCGUGGAUCGAGAUGGCGACACAACCUUUUCAUUGGUGGCUAUUAAUAGAACAGAAGUCAGUGGCAAACACGUGUCGAAGUGUGUUCAGUCGGUCGUGGCAGAAAGUGUCCUGCGGCGGAGACGCACAGAAAACGGACGAAUAGGAUCAGUGCGUGUGUAUAUCCCAACAGCCCUCGCGCGAAUAGCCAACAUAGAGACUUCUCUGCAAGUGGCCGUGGAUGGCCUGGGCGUGUGGUGUGGUGUGAGCACUGGUGCAUCGGCCAGUGCUCCUGCUGUGGGUGUCAUCGCAGUCAAGUGUGUGGCGGCUGUGUUGGGUGUGGGUGCCCCACUACGCAUAGGGACCGAUGAUGUAGUCAUUGCCAUAACCAUUGAGUGAACCCCGGUUUAACCGCUUAGGGAUAUUGAGCUCAUAGUAAAACUUGCUUUGUGUAUGAAACCAUAGGGUAUGCGCAUGUGUGUGAAACCCUAGGGUUUGUGAAUCUGUGUGGACAACCCUAUCAAAUGUUGACCGCACCAGUGGUUGAAGUGUAGGCAGACGGCUACACAUUAGCCUCAGGUGCCUGGUCGCGGUUGUAGUUUGGGCACACGCCAAAAACACGUGUACACACCGACAAACGAGCAGUACCACAUUGAAGCUCAGGAUAUUGGAAGGCAGGAUGCUUACGAGCACAUUUAAAAUGAUGAACGGAUUCAAUUAAUCGGAAAUGUAUGAAACGAUUUUCCAGAUCGAACCGAAAGUGAC